AUGUCAGACUCUACCCCGCAGCCACAGCAAAUUACCGCUAUAAAGACCCCGUUACCAUCGAAAUCAUGCUCAAAACCAUUAUCAAUUAGCAAAGAUGACUCUUCUUCUACAGAACCGGAUACUAAACCAAAAGAUAAACCUCUGCGGAAAGCGAGCCCAACAUCUCACUUAUAUGCCGGAUUUGCCAGCGGCAUCACCUCUUCUAUCCUACUUCAGCCACUAGAUUUGUUAAAAACUAGAGUCCAGCAGUCGGGCGAAGCCACUAUAACCUCAGCAUUUAAGGAGCUAACGUCUUUUCGUGCAUUAUGGAGAGGAACCGUGCCAUCAGCGCUGCGAAUGUCCAUUGGAAGCGGUUUGUAUUUUACCACCCUCAAUUCUACCCGUGCAUAUCUACAACAACGAAAUUACAAUAAACUUUUACAAGAUCACGACAAGGAUACAACUUCUAAAGCAGGAAAUGCUGGUCUUGGUGAUAGCUCGAGCUUGCCAAAACUUGGCAUGUACGAAAAUCUUGCUAGUGGAGCUUUUGUAAGAGGAGUUGUUGGAUUCAUGACCAUGCCUAUUACUGUCAUUAAAGUACGCUACGAGUCAUCUAUGUACAAUUAUACAUCAAUGUGGAAUGCAGUUCAAUCUGUAUAUAGAAAUCACGGAGUGCGGGGGUAUUUUUAUGGAUAUGGAGCCACUUUUGCGAGGGAUGCUCCUUACGCUGGACUUUACGUUCUGUUUUACGAAAAGUCAAAAGAAAUUGUAAAUAACCUGUUUCCUUCUACCGAACGCAGAUCCACAGUAACUGCGGCCAUUAUGAAUUCAUCCUCAGCAUUUUUCUCUGCUGGUCUUGCAACUACAAUCACCAGUCCAUUUGACACCAUCAAGACCAGAGUUCAAUUAAACCCCGUAAAAUACAAAGGCUUCUUCCAAGCUGCAAAGAUAAUGGUUAAGGAAGAUGGUUUUAUAAGGUUUUUUGAUGGACUUUCACUACGUUUAUCAAGAAAGGCACUUAGCGCAGGAAUAUCUUGGUGUAUAUAUGAAGAGAUUGUACGAAGGCUCCAGCAGCCACUGUAA